AUGGAAGAAGACAACAGCAGAUGGAGGUUGUUAAGCAGGCUGAGAACAGUCGUCAAGAAGGUCACUUUUCUUAUGAACUCAAAUGUAAACCGGUGGCGCGCUGUCUCCUCUUUCAUAGGUCGUUCAGGCAGUCGCAGGCGGCUGAGCUUUGGGGAACGACUAGGGUUGACAGCAAUAGUGUCAUCCUCCGAUGAUGAAGAACAAGAAAAUGAUAAUCAUCGUGAUUCUGGUUCUUGUUCUCAUGGAAAGGUGUUGGAGAAGACGAGAAGCUUUCAUAUACAAAGAACCAUGAGCUUUCCUGAAGAAGAUGAUGUGGAUAAGAGAGCUGAGAUGUUUAUUGAGAACUUUUAUCGACAAUUAAGAUACGAACGGCAAGUUUCUUUGCAACUUAGGUACAGAAGGGAUACUAGUUUUGGAUCCUCUGAUUCAAAUUCGCCAUGA